ACUUCAUCAUUCCCGACAAGAUGCUUCAGGAGAGCAUUGAGAGGGCCAGGCGCGACAUCACCAACAUGAGGGACUCCGAGUGGAACCUCUGGGAAGCACCACACACACCAACUGACCCAGGACCCAGAACGAAGCGACAGACUAACUCCCGACCCAGACUGACCCCAAGCGGACACCCCAGGACGCAACGCCCGACCUGGGGGGGCCAACGCGUGACCCCUGACCUCAUGCAAGCGCUGGUGGGCAGGGGGUCGGAAGCGCAGGGGAGUGAGGACUUGAAGUUGAGUCCGAGGGUUAUGCGGGAGGCCGAGGAGCUUCUGACGGAUUGCUUUAGCGCGGGUGUCAAGGCUUGGGGGAUUAUGAGGCAACACGAACGGCAGCUGUGGCAGAAACGUCAGGCAGCAUAAGGGCACGAAAAACACGCGCAGCUGACCGCCAGCUGAAGGACUACUGAAUCCGGGUCACCAAGCAGCGUCCUCGACCUGAUGGAAGUGUUGGCAAACAUUGACGUGAGCGACAUCAUGGAAAUCCCCAGUGUGUUUGAGUGUGACGACCAGACCUGCCUUGCGACCAUACACCACGAUUCCGUACGGCGACAGGAUGGUGCAAUAACCUGAAUUUCCCGUCCUUCGGCAAGUCAUUCCGGGCCAAGAGUCGUCUGUUGAGGCCCUCCUAUGAAGGUGGGCUAUCAAAACCCUGAGCUACGUCAAUCACAGGUCAGCCGCUUCCCUCCCCUCGGCUAAUCUCUACGAACAUGCACAACGAUGUCUCGGCUCCUCAUGUUCGCUACACCCUCAUGGUCAUGCAAUGGGGGCAGCUUAUCCACCAUGACAUCAUCUUCACGCCCAUCAAC